AGUGAAAUCACUUAAAUGCCCCUCUCAAGCACGUGCCGAGAACUGGUUGUCUGUGUACUUUUUAUCUUUUCAGAGUUUCAGGGGAAAACGAACGUCUCAGUUGUAGCGAUCGCUCUGAGCCAAAGCAGUGGCUUUUUCGCAUCCUACACGACAGAAACCAACGGCAGCAGAAGAACAUUUCCUGCUCCUAAAUUCCCAAUUUGCAAGAACUGGGAAUUCACUUUUUCUAUUGUAAUUUUAUCAAAUUUAAUCAAAUGGGAUUAUGAGAAAGUACCCAUGGGCUCCGAUUCGACCUCCACCCCACCGGCAUCAACAUCCACCCCGACGGCUUCGCCCAAUGGGAAGCGAAGUAGAGAUCCCGAAGACGAGGUCUAUCUCGACAAUCUUCAUUCUCACAAGCGUUACCUCAGCGAGAUAAUGGCAUCUAGCUUAAAUGGGUUAACUGUUGGAGAAACACUUUCUGAAAAUCUUAUGGAAUCUCCAGCAAGGUCUGAAGGAAUGUUCUAUGCCAGGGAUGAUAUGUCCUUGCAAUAUUCACCAAUGUCAGAAGAUUCGGAUGACUCUAGAUUUUGUGAGACCCCCAUAAAUACUUGCUCAUCACAACCUGAGAGCCUGCCCACCAGUCCAGUUUCUCCUUAUAGGUACCAAAGGUCAUUUGGUGGGUUCUCUCCUGCUUCUUCUACCAGCUCAUACCCAGCACAUGGCUACACUGCCACUAGUGUCACUUGCUCACAACCUCGCCAACGAGGUUCAGAUUCAGAGGGCCGGUUUCCAUCAUCACCUAGUGACAUUUGCCACUCAGCUGACUUGAGGAGGGCUGCACUCUUGAGAUCUGUGCAGAUGAGGACACAGCCUCCUGGAUCAUCUUUUGAAUUGCCUUUUGGUUCAGGGCAGGAGCCUGCAUCUAAUAUAGAAGUGGAUGAGCGGCCGUGCUCAUAUAUGAAGUCUUUAGUUGAUGAGAGAGAUUAUCAGAUUGAGGAGUGUUCUUCUAGGAUUGCCCCGGGACCUGAAUUAAAUGAUGGAAAAUCAUGCAGAGUGUUGAAUAUGAAUGUAAAAGGGGAUGAAUCUGGUGGUUAAACACUUUUGGAUAUUAUCAAACUGAACCUGACCAUAUCUUGUAAGAUUGCUAUAGUCUGCAGCAGUUCGAGCAAUUUGCCUGACCCAACAGUUUUUAUUUUUAUUUUUUUUUCCUUUUCAUUGAGAUCACUCCCUUUGUGAGUGUUUUUUUUUUUUUUCUUCCUAUUGCAUGCCUAUACAGUCCUAAUCCUGGCCAUUUCAUGCACCCAUAAGGAGGUUUUGAGGAUAUGACUAUAUAUUGUCGCCUGCUUAAUCAAUCCAUCUCUUGAUAUUGGUGGCCAAAUCUGAGCAAAGUUUAGUGAUCUUUGUUAAUCAGAAUGCACAUUUAGGACUACUUACAUAUUCUCUUUUUUUUUUUUUUUGAUAAACUUACAUAUUCUCUCUUAGUUCUGAAAUGGAUUGGAGGUUUUGGUGACAUGCUGAGAAUUUAGGAGCUGGCAUCACGGUCUAAUAAGUAUCAGCCAGUAUUGUUUAUCUACCUACUCGUCUUUCAGUUUUUAUCGCUCUCUCUCGGAUGUAUAAAGAUUUGAUAUUCUGAUAAUCUGGCUAUUAGAUAAAAAUCGCAGCUUUUC